CUUGAGCAGGCUUUAAAAUUUUCCUCGCGGCCCACGCGGCUCUACCGCCCCUUUAACCACAGUCUUUCAAGAGGUUAUAGUUCCAACUUGCAAGUACAGAAUAUGACCCGUACAUAGCGAUAGGAAAGGAGCCAUCUUGGACUUGGACUUGAACAGUGCAGUACUUCAUCCAGGCCUCGCACCAUUUGGAACUGGCAUCGCUCUUCUCCAUUGGAUUAAAUAUAGCCUGGUUUAAGCAAAUUAAAUGCCAACGAGGCAGUAAACUGGCGACCAAACUCGAGUCGGCAAUUUCAUUUCACUUCUAGCUUUUGCUCGCCUCUUGUCUCCGAUCCAUUCGGGCUUCUCGUGGAAAGGGGAUAUUCGAUUUUCCCAGUUUAAAUAACAGACAAGCGAUCAUGGGAAGCGGAUUAAACGCCAACUUUACCCCAAACCCGACAACAGAAGCACACUCUCACUGGAAUGAAUUUAUCCAUGGCUCACGGUACCAAGAUGUGUUUGAAUUGUCAUAUGGUGGACAUCACAGCAAUAAUUCCGACCUCCCUCAGCCGGAUGGAUCCCUACUGCCUUUGGAUGCUCACGAUUUCGGCGUUGAACAAAACCUCAUGACACCCAACGAUGGAUCCUUCUCAACCAUGCCUCAAAUGUCCCCUGACAGUUGGAGAGCACCCUCCAAUCCAAUCUCAUCUCCCAUGGCUGAAUGGUCCAAUUACACAGCCCGCCGUUCUCAAAUGUCCCCUGACAGUUGGAGAGCACCCUUCAAUCCAAUGUCACUUCCCAUGAGUGAAUUGGCUGAUCACACAGACUGCCGUUCUCAAAUGUCCCCUGACAGUUGGAGAGCACCCUCAAAUCCAAUCUCAUCUCCCAUGGCUGAAUCGUCCAAUUACACAGGAAACGCAAUGAACAGUUUUUCUCAGACGGAGUUGCCUCUAUAUCCUUAUUCAAACAUGAUUGAACCAGGCAAUCAGACCAUAUUACCUAGGCAAAGAACUCAAGCAGGCCAUCCGCAUGGCGCUGGGCUAGACCGCGACUGCUCGACCCCUUGUCGGACUGGCAACAUAGACCCCUCGAAACCCAGAGGAAUAUGGAAACAAAAAACAUCAAGCAGAAAAGGAUUUUCAAAUAAUUUGCCUUCCAAUCAUUUUCAGCCACCACUUCCAAAGACUGGGCCCCAGUCCCAGCAAGUUACAGGGCCUUUCAUAGAGUAUGCAUUCCAUGCAUGCUCUGGAGAACCUGCAACAGCGGGAGCAAAAAAAAGGCGCAGAACUAAAAUGGAAAAGAGGGAAACAGCACAAAUCCGGAAACUUGGUGGUGCUUGCGGAGCGUGUCGAAGAAAACACCGCCGAUGCAGUGUUGAGCAUCACCAACGGACCGACAGGCUAUCGGCACAGAGUGCCAUAAGUAAUUAUCUUAUCUCCAUAUCUUGGUGGAAUAACUUGGCCUAACAGCUUAAUAGGAGGUUAUUCAGCGAGUCCUUGUUCAAGAGCAACCACUGCGUCAACACAACACGACAAGGGAGAUGUGGUAACACCAUCCGACCUUGCGCCCAUUAUAUACGUCAUAGAAGAGGGGUACAAAGAACAAGAUGCACGCAAUGACAAUGGCGAGAAUCCGCAAUCACACCCGCUGAUUCUUCCCGAAACAGAAACCAUCUUUGGCAUCGCGAGUGAAUAUUAUGAUCCAGAUAUGGACCGCUGGUUGGCCGACUACCAGAACGCAGGGAACUUCGCCAACUUUGAGGAAUCACAUUAAACGGCACCUAUCGCUCUCUGCAACGAAUUUCGAAGGUUCAGACCAUGCCUUGGCCAACAGCUUUUGCCGAUUUAAUUGGCAACAAGAUUUGUUAAACUUGGGAGAUAAGCCCAUGACGGCCGGCAAUAUACCAAAAAACGCUGAAAUACAUCAUUUCUCGUCGUUUGAAGCAUGGAGUUGUAUAACCCGUAUACGUAAUGUCUGGGAUUUAGGCGUAUAUAUUCGGGGAGAAUUUCAUUCUCAGGGUAGGCGUUAAGAUAUGUUACAGACGGCUUAUUUUGUUGCUCAGAAACUUCAAAGCACCAAUCAUCUGCAUCGGGUACGGUGGCGAGUUUUCUUCUUCGGGUAACCAAGGGCAAUUUGGAAAUGGCAUUCUGGGUGGAACAUUUUGUAUACAGAUCUAUGGUAUCUUGUCUUUUCGUUUUAGUAUUAGAUUUCCCAAGGACGCCAGGUAGACAGACGGACGGCAACGCCCUACCUACCAUAUAUUAAUAUUUAAUUCAUGUCAUAUCUCA